UCUUGUUUCCUGGAUGACAGGGAACGCCUCUCGGGCAGUGUUGCCAGGACAACAGGUAAACUCCCGGUGAAGACAUGGCGCAGCUGCUGGAGGUGAAGAGUGAAGCUGAGGACCUUCACCGGGAACUGUUCUGCAGGAACAGCCAAGCUGAGGAGAACAGGCAGAGGGAGAGCUGGGCGGCCACCAGGAUCCAGAGCUGGUUUAGAGCCUGUAAGGUGCAGGCUUAUGUCAGCCAUCUGCACAAGAAAGCAAUCAUUAUCCAGAAGAUAUGGCGGGGCUUCACAGCAAGGGCACGUUUCAGACAAAUGGUGAAGGCGGCAUAUUUUAUCAUGAAGAUGAAUUUCUACGAGGAGAUGGCGGUCAGGAUCCAGCGGAGAUGGAGAGGAUUCUAUGUGAGGAAAUAUAUCCACAACUUUUAUGCACGGAAGAGAUAUCUGGAAGGACUCUCCAGAAACAAUGAACUUCGCCCAGGGGUCUUCAACUCUCCAUUCAGGCCAGCCCCCCACGAGACAGAGCUGCUCCUGAGGCAGGUCAAGUACCAGGCCCCCACCGGACUUGUUCCCAAGGGCAGUGCUGGUCUCUUGGGCAUGCCUGACUCAACAGCUCCACGUUUUCAUGGGAGUCUUGGAUCCCCAUGGAUCAAAACCACUAGAACCGGCUCCCUCAAGCCUGUUUUGCCCCCCAUUGCCAACAAGAAACAGCAGGGUCUGUUCCAACAGCCAGGGGAAGUGUGGGAGCAGUGCGUGCGUUGUCCUGACCUGACACUGCGUCUACAGACGUCUUACACUCAACUGGAGGAGGCCCGGAAUCAGCUACGACAGCACAAGUCCGCAAGACUCCAGGGUGGCUCACUAGAAACACAGAGUGUGUUCUACCAUCUGAACCACAGCAAUGAUUCCUUUACACGGCCAGCCUGCACCAAGAGCUUCAAAUCCUAGACUACACACUGACUCCAACAGGAGCCGUUCAAGACAGUGUUCGUCACCUACGUCUUUGAUAAGUUCACUCAUCUGCAGCAUCACAAGGAAUGCAGCUUUGUGUGAUACGCCUCCUCCUGGCCUGAGAA